CUCAAAGACUAUGCACCAAGACUCUCUUCAUUGCACUCAACAUAAUUCACUUCCCAAUCAAUAAAUUCCACGAUUACUUACCACCAAUGCUCACCUUCACUCUUUACCUCUUCACCGUCCUCCGCCUUACCACCAUCGCCACCACAGCAGCACCCUACACUCCCACCUUUUAUGUGCUCCUCAACUGCGGCUCCUCCACCAAUACCACCGACUCCAACGGCCGCAACUGGGACGGCGAUGUCCUCUCCAAAUUCUCACUCUCCAACACCUCACCAAACACUUCUUCACCCUCCACCGCCUCCCACCAAGAUCCCUCCGUCCCCCAAGUCCCCUUCAUGACCGCCCGCAUCUUCCACUCCCCAUUCACCUACACCUUCCCUGUCACCGCCGGCCCCAAGUUCCUCCGCCUCUACUUCUACCCCACCACCUACUCCGACCUCGACCUCGACCCCACCCAAUCCUUCUUCUCCGUCACCUCCAAUCACUACACUCUCUUAAACAACUUCAGUGCCUUCUUAACCGUUUCUUCAAUCCAACCACCAGUUGCUUCCCUCAUCAAAGAAUUCAUCCUCAACUUCAGAGGCAACCAAACACUCCUUAACAUAACCUUCUCACCAUCUCCCAACUCUUACGCCUUUAUCAACGGUAUCGAACUCCUUUCCAUGCCGGAUAAGCUCUAUAUGCAUGGCAAUGAUGAAGCCAUCACACGCGCCGGUGUUGAUUAUCCCUAUUAUUUUGAUAGCAGCACAGUUCUUGAAACCCUUUACCAGUUAAACGUCGGCGGUAAUACCGUCAGCGUUAACGAUGACACCGGUAUGUUUCGGACGUGGGAACUAGAUGACUCGUAUAUAAUUGGUGGUUUCGGGGUGUCAACUCGCGGGAAUGGUCCGAUCCACUACGGUUCGGCAACACCGGCUUACACUGCACCUGAGAUGGUUUAUAACACCGCAAGGGUUAUGGGCAACCUAUGUUUACACUACAAUUUGACAUGGAGUUUUGGUGUUGAUUCAGGGUUUGAUUAUCUUGUGAGACUUCAUUUCUGCGAUUUUACGGUGGAGGGGACUAAAAUUAAUCAGAGGGUGUUCACUAUAUAUCUUAACAAUCAGACGGCUGAAGAUAUAGCGGAUGUGAUUUUUUGGAGUGGUGGUAAUAGUAUUCCGGUUUACAGAGACUAUGUUGUGCGGGUCCCGGAUGUUGGUGGUCGCCGGAUCAAGCAGGACUUGUGGCUCGAGAUGCACCCUAAAGUCGAAGACAAACCUGAAUUAUGUGAUGCAAAUCUGAAUGGUGUGGAAUUGUUCAAAUUGAACCGAUCAGACGGUAUUCUCGCCCGACCUAAUCCUGAUUUGGUGGUAUCUGAAACACCGGAACCGAAACCGAAGAUACCGGUGACAUCUACCGGUAAACGCUCGUUGCUCAUUGGGGUGAUUGUCGGAGGUGUAAUUGGAGGGAUAGUAGCAAUGUCAAUUUUGGGUUACGUCAUUUUCCGGGAAUGGAGAAGAGUCAAAGGCUUUGGCACAAUUUCAGUGGCGUCAAGGUCAACGGAGUCAACGAAGUAUCAUGUUUUAUCACUGCCGUCCGAUCUCUGCCGACGCUUCUCGCUCGCCGAGAUUAAAUCAGCUACAUGCAACUUUGACGACAAUUUUGUUAUCGGCACUGGAGGAUUUGGUAAUGUGUAUAAAGGGUUCAUAGACAACGAUACUGCUCCCAUCGCAGUUGCGGUCAAACGGUUGAAUCCUGAAUCAAGGCAAGGGGCCCACGAGUUUCAAACGGAGAUCGUAAUGCUCUCAAAGCUGAGACACCACCAUUUGGUGUCUCUGAUUGGUUACUGUGUUGAUGAUGGUGAGAUGAUCUUGGUGUAUGAUUACAUGGCCCGUGGGACUCUCCGUGAUCAUCUCUACAAAUCAAACCACCCUCCUCUCUCGUGGAAUCAGCGCCUUCUGAUCAGCAUAGGUGCUGCACGUGGACUGAACUACCUUCAUACUGGUGUGAAGCAUACGAUCAUUCACCGCGAUGUAAAAUCAACCAACAUUUUGUUGGAUGAGAAAUGGGCCGCCAAGCUUUCUGAUUUUGGGUUGUCAAAAAAGGGUCCCAUUGGGAUGUCCCAUGUGAGCACCGUGGUGAAGGGUAGUUUCGGGUAUUUGGACCCCGAAUAUUAUCGACUACAACAAUUGACGGAAAAGUCUGACGUGUACUCGUUCAGAGUGGUAUUGUUAGAAUUGUUGUGUGCUAGGUUACCAAUUGUUACAAGUUUGCCAAGGAAACAAGUGAAUUUGGUUGAGUGGGGCCGGUGUUGUUGUCGAAAAGGGAACCUUGAUCAGAUCGUGGAUCCACAUCUGAGGGGUCAGAUUGCACCAGAGUGUUUAAGGAAAUUUGGGGAGAUUGCUUGUAGUUGCUUGCGUGAUCAUGGGAUCGAACGGCCAUCAAUAAAUGAUGUUGUGUGGGGUCUUGAGUUUGCAUUGCAAUUGCAAGAGGAUGUUAAUAGGAAUAUCAGCGGUGGAGAUGAGUUUGGUAAGAAUAAUGUGAUGAGUGUGUAUGGAUCCCCUAUUAGUCCCUCUGUUCCUCUUCGUGGAUAUGAAGAGACAACGACGACGGACGACGACGUAUUUUUUGGACCAAUUGAAUACGUAUCUAGUUCAAAAGGCAGUUGAUUAUAUCAACGCCUCAACGAUGUGUAGCAGUGGACGGAGUGUUGAUUACGUAGUAUUUUUUUAACACAUUUAUUUAAAUGUAAAAUAAUAAUAAUAAUAAUAAUUGUUGAUGAAAUAUGUAUAAUAAUUUCUGAAUGAAAGUCUAAUACGUGCUCGUGCUGGAUUUUGGAGUUUAACUGUGAAA